AUGGCCACCCAUGGCAUAUCCUACACCGAGCUCAUGGCCGAGUACAACGACGUCAUGGGCGAGCUGAAGAAACGAAACGUCAAGCCGGCCGCCAUCUCAGAGGCAGCAGGACGGCUGGAGGUUCUAGCACGACGUGUAGGAGCGGCUCGAACGGGGGCACCAUAUCUGGCUAUGGUGCUCAAGGCUUUAGCAAAAUGUGAGGCAGCGCUGGGAUCUGGGGCGCAGGAGGCGGCGGCGUAUGUGACGGGCGGCGUCGAGCUGUGGAGGCAUGUGACGGAUGCGGCGAGGCGACGGGUUGGAUCGGUGGACUCGAUGGCCUUGGAUGCCUUUGAGCUGUACUCGGCCGCCAUCUCCAUCUACGUCUCGGCCCGCAAACACGCCCUGGCCGCCGCCCUCUUCCUCGACAUGGCGUUUCAGGUCCACACCCUUGGCGAGCACGAUGAGGCUCUCGGGCUACUGGCCAAGGCUGCCGAUAUGGUCUCGCGCUCGCUGCCGGUUGGCGAAACACUCAGCUUUGCCGUCAUCGAGUGUGAGAACGUCCAGGUCGACCUACUGGUUGCCGCUGGCGAGUACGAGCUCGCGGCGGCCAAGCUCGACAACCUGGUGGCUUUGCUCCUGGCGCCCAGCUCGGUCCUUGAUGCUCCGCUCAAGGGUGCGGCGCUCAACGCUGGUGGCGCGGCGUUGCCAGCGGCUGAAGCUGCACCGCGGGUGGCUGCGCUUGUCCGCGGUUCGGCGUCGACGCCGUCGCUCUUCUCGGCGGCCUCCAGCAACGCACUGAGCGUGGAGGCCCUUGACUUUUACUCGCUCACUCUCGUCGAUGCCUACAUCGCAAGGGUCCUCCUCUCGCUGCUGGUUGGCGACACGGCGUCGAUUGCCGGCCUUAUCGAGGCCGUUGUCAUUCUCUCCGACUCGGCGUGCGUCGACCCGGUCGUAGCCGACCUCCUCGACUCGCUCGCCCGCGCUCUCGACGAGAGCAAUGUCGCAAACAUGCGCCUCCUUGCUGCCGAGCUCUGGCCCAUGCUCAACGAGAGCCACGUCCGCCUACUCUCGGAGUUUGGCAAGGUCCACGGCCUGGUGCUCGGCUCAUGACUCGGGUUCGGGCGCCAACCACGCUCCGACCGACUUGAUCGCGGUCCGCGCCUCGCGUGAGCUCACCGCCAUGUUGAGGAAGCCGUGCGGGGUACCCGCCAGC